AUGCCUAUUGACUAUUCCAAGUGGGAUAAGAUUGAGUUAUCGGAUGACUCUGAUAUUGAGGUGCAUCCAAAUGUUGAUAAAAGAUCGUUUAUUAAUUGGAAACAAAGAGACAUUCAUGAGAAACGUCAGCAGAGAAAUAUCGAGAUCAAAUCAAUCCUAGUUCAGUUGACUAUGUAUGUAAAGCUUAAUGAGAGAGUUGAUUACCUCUUGGAUAAGUUGGAAGGCGAUCAGCUUCUCGACACCAAGUUAGUCAUUUCUACAUUAGAUCAGAAGUUCGAUAAAUCUGAGAAGUUUGACUACGAGAACCUUGUGAAGGAGAAAGGUGAUACUUUGCGGAAGGGAUUAAAAGAUUUGAGCUUUGAUAAAGAAGAAUACGAAGGAAAUCCACCUUACAAUGAAAUGAUCGAAGAUCUAUUCGAUCAGGUCAAAGAGGAUCAUCCCGAAGCAGCAAAAGACUCUCAGAAAUUGGCGCAAUAUUUGAAGGAUCAUAGAGCCAAAAUAGAUGAUAUAUUAUCAAAGCAAACAAUUAAAUUAGAUGACCUAUUGUAUCAAAAGUCAACUUUGAUUAGUAGUGACGACAUCCACACUGGUUUUGAUAGAUCAUUUUUGAACAAAGACGAAAGUAGUAAGCCUUCUACAAAAGUGCCAGAAACCGUGACGAGUACAGAAACAAUUAACAAUCCUUUAAUACCAUCUAAGAACAGAGCAUCGAAUAAUGAAAAGCAGACUGAUGCUUUAGAGGAGUUGAAUCUUCUACAAGAAACAGAAGAAUUCUCACACUUUAGUAGUGAAAAUUAUACAGAGAGUGCCAAGUAUCUUAUGAAACAUCCACACAUUUGCACUGAACAGCAAAAGGAUUCACUAAUUAUGACUGCAUUUGACCAUCAACUAGAGUAUGAUUCCGUCAGGGCGAAACAAAUAGUUCAUCAAUCCCUUCUUCUUCAAUAUGUCUCUCAACUAGCUGGACCGAGGGCUAGUGCCGACGAUAUUAGAAAAGCAGUGAAUCUCUUUUUUUCGAAGGUCUCAGAAAAGUCCUCGCCUGCAAAUGUAGGGUUCCUUCAAGACGUUGAAAACACAUUUAAUCAUAUAAAGGGUAGAUGUGAGGUGAUCAGAGAGGAGCAGAGAGCUAAUGCUGCAGGUGAAGAAGAGGGUCUAAUACAGCUCAAGUCUUUAGACGAGACAAAAGAAUUGCUGGUCAACAUACCACCAGAGGGCACUGAAGAAUACAAGAUUUUCACUACAAAAUUGUCUCAAAGCAUGCAAGAUGCUGUGAGAACAGAGUCUCUAGAUGAAGUGAAUAAAGUUUUUGCUGAAAUGAAGGUCGAAGAUGCUGAAAAAGUACUCGACAUAUUUAAUGAAUGUGGGGUUGUAGGUAUAAGCGGUUAUCUUGAAGACGAGAAUGAUUUUAAAGAAUUGAAGGAGCACUACAAUGAAGAACAUGAAGGCUUGGAAACGCUUGCAGAAGAUGAUAGCAGUGACGAUAAGUCGAAAGAGAUAAGUACUUCGGAUAUCGUUGAUUAG